ACACCGGUAUGAAAACAUAUAUUGCACCUGUUGCUUUCUGGGAGCUUUUUCCAUGGGUGGGUCUGAGCACUUUAUCUUUGAGGAUUUAAACAGAUCAAGAGGGCUUAAGGGGGCUAAGAAGAGGAAGUGUUUGUAGCCAUUUUUUACAAAUGUCAGUUCUCAAAUACUCCCCCCACCCCCCUUUACUGCUGUAUUGCUAAGUCAUGACUUAAAAUCAGUUUUUUCACUUCUUAAUUCUUUCAGCUCUUAAAGUUUGGUGAUGCCUUUUUGAUGUGUUAGAGUUUCUCUGAUCAGAAUAAUUUAUAUCCUAUUACAUCAUCAACAAAAAAAACCCUGAAAAUUGACUGAAUUCAAUUUCGCUUCACUGUUAUUUCGUAGAGGAAAAAAAGUAAUGAGAAAUUAAAAUGCAGUGAAGCAUUUCACCUAAAGUGCAAAAAGCAAGUCAAGGCAACAGUUUAAUUAUAAUAUAAUUGACAUAUAGUUAGCACCAUUAAUACAUAAAGCAGUUCAAAGUGCUUUAUACCUUUUUUAAAGCAGUACAUAAGAACGUUCAGGACAUAACAAUAAUAAGUAUACAUAAGCAGAAAGAUGACAUUAAAUAUAAAAUAUAAUGCAAGAAGAAAGGGAAAAAAAAAAAGACAUUAAAAUAAAUACAUUUCUGAAGUCCUUUCCUGCAUGUCAUUUCCCAACUCUCUCUCCUAUUUCAUACUCUGUCCACUGUCUGUCCUAUCUACUUCAUAAAGGUAUAAAUACAUUGUUUAAAGCAGAACAUUUUUCAUAUGUUUAGAGGUAUUAUACGGGAUAAACACUAAGAGUUACAUAUGAAUGUGUCCAGUGGUCAUCAUAAGAUAAAUAACAGACCUGUACAGAUAUAUAUAAUAUAUAUUUGUCAGGCAUGAACAGUAUGAACAGAAGUUUUAAUUUACAGGUUUAUUAGAAGAGCACAGAGUACAGCAGAACUGACAGUGCUAAAUCUUAAUCUAGUGACUUUUUAUUUCUGUUACCAAGAUGGAAAAAUAUCAGACAAAGUUGAGUGAUUUUAAAAUUGGAGUAUGUUUGUUCAAGGUUAAGAUGAUCUAACAGGGCCUUAAAGUUGUUCAUGGUGUCUUGAGGGCCCUCUGGUGGCUGUGUUUAUGUUUAGUUAUAGACAAGAUGUAAGUAGAAACAUUUUUAACCAUUACUAGAUUUAAGAAGAAAGGCUUACAUUUAGUGCAAAUGAUUUUAAAGCAGUGAUUCAGUUGUGUCAAAUGCAUUUUAUCAAUCUGAGACAGUUAUGACCAAGUCUACAUCACAUAACCAGCAGUCACCCUGUAAUCUAUUCAGUCAAAAAUACAUUUAUGUAUAUAAUGAUACAGAGAGGAUCACUCUGUCUUAUGAAAGCUCUUGAUCCUAUGAAGAGGAAGUGUUUAUUUUCUAUGAAGUCAAAUAUCUAUUGUAGUGUAUAAUUGCUUAAGUUGAUUAAAAGAAAGAGACUUUUCCUCGGUCGCCUUCUCACUUCUGUCGUCUAUGAAGUGAUCGUGUGGACAUAUGCAGUCUAACUACCUUAAAUCUUUCAGGCUCUCCCUCCACAUGUAAAAUACCGCUUUAAAAUUGUAUUUCUGUUGAGGCAGCUCACCCAUUUGUUCCAGUGGAGGAGGCAUUACAACCAAAUCCUCUUGAAAGAGUUUGGUUGAUGACUUCUCACAGCUUCCUAUCCGGAAUUCCCUCACACUGCCGGUUGCUGCAGGCGUGUAAUUUGUGCCAGAUUUGCAACCCCGUAUCCACCCUCUGACCUCACCACUGUGUGCUCUGUGACACACAGUGUGUGAACCUCCAUCACUCUUUUGCUUUGUGGAAGUUUACAUGUGCUAUAUUUCGCGCAGGCUUCAAACUUGAAAUGUGGAUCAUUUUCUUGAUCCACCAUGCCAAUCAGAGUAAACACUUGAUAAGUUUCCUCUAUGGCAGUAAUAGUUAAAUAAUGGAGGGGCGUUGACUUUGAUCAAACAUAUGAUGUGCUUCAAAUCAGCGUAUUCUUCAUGAAGUUUGUUGCUGACUUAACCUGUAGGUGUAAGAGAAGCCCAAAGCCCCUGCUGUUCCUGCUGAAAAGGUAGAAAAAUCAAAGCCCACAUGCAAAAGCGGUGUGUAAUACUAAUACACCGACAUUUUGUAUGCAACUAGUAAACAGGGACUGUUUGUAAAGCUGCAAUUUAUGUCAAGCCGUCAAAUAUUUUUCUAUUGAUUUAGUCGAUUAAAUGAUCAAAAAUGAUGAUUAUUGUUUUGAAAAAUGCCCAAAACUACGUCCUCCGAAUUUCUUGUUUUUCUAUACCCCCAAAAUAUUCCUCUAACUGCAAGGAAGGAGUAAAGAAUCCAGACAAUAUUCACAUUCAAGAGGUUAGAAUCAGUGAAUGAAGCUACAACUGUGUGUCCCCAUGUUUCUAUUCGGAUCUGGGGAAACAUUUAAUUAGCAGAUCAAGGCUGUCAGGCUGAAGUCCACCCACAAUUUUGUCAGACAUGUUGGAUUUUACACUUCAUCUCAAAGAUUUGGUUUUUUUUUUUUCUAUUCAGAAUACUGCUGCACCAAGUUUAAGUAUAAGCAUACGUUAAUCUCAUUGUUAUCAUGUAAUAUGCAAGGUGACUGUCCGAAAAAAAUUGAACAUUUCCAACUGCCUACUUUCUUAAUCUUUCAAGUCUUGUCACAGUCUUCAUUAUUUAACUGGAUUCAAGAUUUGUUCAUUAGACAUCAAGACCUUCAGUCAUCAGUAAUAGACGCUGGCUAAACUCUUGCUGAAGCAUGUUUAAAGGAACAUGUUUUUAAGGUUGAAGCCAUUUUAUUAAAGGUUACAUAUUAUACUCCUUUUCAGUUUAAAUAAGUCUAAGAGCUCCCCGAAACAUGUCUGGAACUUUCUUACCAAAGUCACCUGUUUCUUGUAUACUGAACCUAUUAACCUAUUUCAGUUCUGCUCAGAACAGGCUGUUUCUGUGUCUGUAGCUUUAAAUGUAAAUGAGCUGUGUCUGACCACGCCCCCUCUCUGGAAGGGCUUGCACGGCUUUGGACUAUAGCCUCUGUACAUGGGGUGCGUGAAAUAACAGGCUAUCCCUUCUUGGCAUUAUUUUUCAUUGUGUUCUCGGUUUGUAACGUUUACAGCCUACCAUAUCAAUAUUGAUCCUGCAUUGGACUACAAUGGCACAGUUGACCCGGGUCUUCUCCAGUAACAAUGAUCUGCUUUUCUUACUUUUAUUGGCAGGCAAGGAUGAGGAAAAUAAACAUGUGGUCGCAUAGUUAUUUGUUAAUGUUUCUCCCCAGCUUUACCUGAACACAACCGUUGCCCUGUUUUAUCUGUAUCCUAAGCAUGGCCAGAAACACAGAACAGGAAACGUAUCUCCCUAUUCCCAUGAAAAGACCAAAGCCAACUGUCUGUUGCUUUUAGCCCAGAGCCCUUUUUUUUUUUCCAACUGGAGACCUAAAUCUUUAAAACACCAUUCAGAUUUAGUCAUUUCAGUUUUAAAAGAGGCUGGUUUUGACUGUUCAAUUUCCUAUAAUACCUCGGCUUGGUUAGCUCCUGCAAAUGAUACUUGAACAGGACUUAAAAGUGUAUUCGUUGGGGGUUUCAGCCAAACGUUUAACGCUUCUGUGAGUGUUCAGCAGCAGGAUUGUGAAUCUGGGAUGAGCUCAAAAUAAACUGCUUGUACUUUGUUCACUGUAAUGAAGAAACGUAUCUCUCAGUGUAACGGUGUGGCUCAUUGAUGUCUUUUUAAUAGUUGUUGGAAAACAAUGGAGCUCUAUCGCACGGAGGAAUUAAACUAUAUCCGGCUUUGGCUACACAGGCGGUACUUGUUAGCAGGAUCAAAACAUUGUUGGUUUUCAGCUUUUAAUGGGAUUGCUUGACUGCAAGAAAAAUCUAGAAAAUCACCAGAGCAAGGAACAGGCAUUCUCUUGGCUACAGUAUGAAUCAUAGGUUUACAAGUUUGUCCCAAGCAACAGUGGAAAGUUGCUGCUGCUUCAUUUCUUCAUGUAUUUUCCAUUUUAACCACUCAACAAAGACCACCGUACCACACCCAUUUGUGAGGGAAACAGUGGCCCUGAUGAUGAAAGGUGGAUAAGGGGCAGAAUAUAAGCAGCCCAUUAACAUUAAACAUGCUCAACUUGAUUGGCCUUAGGCGUAAAUGCAAAUUUAAGAAAAAACAAGAUGCUUGAAAAUAGUGUGUGCUAAAAAUGGUGAAUUUAAGCUCAGGUAGGCAAUUAUGGAAAAAAACCAAGAAGAGUAAACUCAAUUUCAAAAGUAUUUGGUUGAAAAAAUGCAAAAGCUGCUCCAUGCAACACACAGGUAUGUUCGGGCUUACCUUAUUGAAGGCUAAUGUCAUGUUAAAACUGUAAAACAAUGUUUAUCUGCCACUCUUGUACAACUAGCUGAUAGCUUUAACUCGAGGAAGAAUCUUCUCCAAGUCUCUAUAUGUGUACAGUAAGGUACAUCGACAGUCAGGGAAACCAUUGAGUCAUUUAGUUUAAUCCGAAUACAAUAAUGAGCAGACUUAUUUAGGGCCUGUGACUGCCACAGACACUUGUUUUUUCUUUUUUCAUUUGAUUUUUGAAGAAAUAUAUAAAUAAUUUUGCACUCUGCGCUAUGAAAAGUUAAGGGAUUUCCAAAGUUAAAACAAUAAAUCCUGUGGGGGAUACAAACAUUUAUACUGAAUUUCCUUACUAAAAAACCUUUUCCAACACAAGAGCUUAAGCCAAGGGUCACUGUUGGCCUCGUGGUCGGUCUGUGCACCACAUGUACAAAGGUCCUAUGUCCUUAAAGCAGGUGACCUUUGCUUCUUUUUUGCUCCUUUUUUGCAUGUCAUUUCCCUCUCUCUCCCUGAUUCCUGACUCUAUCCACUCUCCUGCCGCUCUAAUAAAAGCAGAAAAAGCUCCCUCCCCAGCCCCCCCAAAAAAAUCUUUAAAAAAAAAAAAAAAAAUCUUAAUCCAAGGUCAUUAGGAUUCAUCCUCUGGGUACCAUGAAUGAAUGAACCAAUUUCUUGGACAAUCCAAGAAAAAAGAUGUCAGGAUGUUUCACCUGAUAAAUUACAGGAAUGACUUACUGCUGGAACUAGAGCAAAAUGAGGAACACUGAAGUUAGAAAAGUUAGUCCUCUGGAGACCAUGACUAUCUGUUCCAAUUCAAUGGCAAUCAAUGUGAUAGUUGUGUAUCCAGAGUUUAUCCUCUGAGGAACAUGAAUAUCUCCAUCAACAAUGUGAAGAGUUGGACGGACAACCUGACGUUGUCAUCAAUAGAAUUAAAAAAACAUACAGUUCAGACAGAGGACUCCGUCUCUUCUGAUCUGUGGUUCAGACAGAGCUGCUGUUCUUGGCGAUCUCUGAAGAACAACAACAGAGGACUCAGUGGGAGGCAAGCACAACAUGCUGUGACCUCAUCAGUAUGGAUAAAAACAUAUCCUUCUUCUGGACGUAGCAAAAGAGCCUUUCACAGUUCCAUGAAGUUAAGAGAGUUGCUCCAAGUCAGCUUCAAAUGCAUCUUGUUGAAUUGACAUUUAAGCAUGCAUUUGGCGGGCUGGUUUUCACGCCCCACAAAGACACAAAAUCGAUGCUUCAGGGUUCCUGAAAAAUGUAAUUAACCCAACAGCAGCAGAGUGUCUGAGACUUGUAACUUAAUUUAUUUGCUGAUCCUUUGGGGGGGGGGGGAUUUGUUAACCUUUAAUUUGUGAUUGAGGAAUUAUCAGAUAUCACAAGUCUGUAUCAGUUUGUGUAUCUUCAAUGAAUCAUGAUUCUUUUAAUUAAUUUGCAUGAAGUGAAAUCCCUGGAGACACUACCUUAUUUAUGCUAAUUGAAAAUAUUCAAACAGCCUCUGCAGUUUCCUGGUACAGCUUUGUGUCCUCUGUGAGACCUCAGCGCAAAAACAGUCUAACAGUUUGGGUGUCUGAUGUCCGACUGUUUUCGCAGCUGAGACAAACUUAACUGGUUGCAUGUGCUGCAGUCUGUGGCUGAAGGAGACGUAUGUCCUCUGAUGUGACUUAAAUCAUCCAUUUGCCACUGCUUUGUUUUUUUAAACUCGGGGCAGCAAGCAAAUAAAACGUCACCCUUCCAGGAUCCUCUGCUCAGUGUUUAUUUACUCACAUUUCCCUUUCCUUUUGGCAUUGUAGGCCAACAGCAGCUUUUAAUAUGUGGACUUAACAGCAUGAGUAUUUUAACUCAUGCUGUUGGUGGUGAGGUUUUUACUAACUCAUCCCAAGUCUUCAUGUUGCUGUUUAAUAGUGACUCAAGGUCAAACAAUAAGUCAUGCUUCCUGGGAAAAUAUAUUCAAAUUAAAAAACUCCUUGCAUUUGACUUGACCAUAUACAAUGGAAAUUUAAGAGUCGGCAAGACAAACAUGAUUUACAUACAGAUCCAGUGCUCGUGUUCUCUAAACACCUGCACCAUUAAGUUUAGUUUGAUGCAGGACUGAGUUCAUUUUGGGCCUGACUGCAUCACUGUGGUUUAUCAGCCAACAAAAACAAAUCUCAGCGGGUGGCAGCACCAUAAACAUGUCAGGCUAACACAAGACAGUAAAGCUUUUAAAUAGGCACAAGGCAAACAUUAGUCCCUAAAUGACAUUUAAAGAUUUUAAUGACUUUUCAGUUUUGCAGCUCUAUAAUCCAGCUCCUGGCCCAAAAUAAGUAUUUAUUUUUCUAGAUGUAUCUGCUGUAGAUUCAGGCUGUGGUGGAAGUUCUUUCAAGGUCUGAAUAUGUUCAUGCAAUGCGGCUUUAAAUUCUGCAAACUCUAAAAACUGGUUUGCAAAUAUUAUUACAAUUUUCAAACUAGCUUCAGCUCUACAGUAAAUGCUGUUGUGGAUGGCAUCAGUUUACUUUUCCCAAUACAAAUAAAAAUGAAAUAAAUAAAUGCAUUUACUUGUUUUAUUGUAUUGAUUGUAUCUAAUAUCCAGAUCAUUUGACCGUGUGUCAAGUGUUUUUUUUAAUGCUACAGUCUGUAAUGUUUAUUCUUAAAAAAUGAAGUCCAGAACCUAUUAACGUGGGUUCGGGUCAUGAAUGUAUCACUAUCCCUUUUGUCUUUUAAAUUCUAAUAGUCAACUGUGCAUUUAUUUUGUUAACAAUGUGGCAUAGUUAUAGUGAGUUAUAGUUUGUGUUUACUGUAACAGUAAGUGCUGCUGGCAGCUCCUCCCAUCCGGCUAUAAGAGCCAGCUGAGCAGGUAGUCAGGGUCCAUCCUUCAAACAGGCCGCUGCAUACAUGAGGAGUCUGUAUGCUUUGUUACAAACGUGUUUCUUUCCUAAAUUGUUACAUGCACUCUUUGUACCGCAAAGAGAUGUGGGGAUAGUCCCUGCAGAGCGUCCCCGAUCUCCUAACUACGGAUUUGGAGUUUGCGCUUGAAGCCUUUAAUGAUGGCUUUCGCCAUGCUGCGGCCCGUGGCGACACAGUUGAUCUACUCAGACUUCACCAUCACGUCCGAGGAUGACGAAAAUCGCAGCGAGAGCGAUGGCAGCUCGGAGCAAAGUUACUGUGGAUCCUCUGAGAAACGACGCAGGAUUUCGCGCAAGCUGGAAGGAGGCUCCACUGUGGUGGUGAAGCAGAGGAGCGCAGCUAACGCCCGGGAGAGGGGAAGGACCCAGAGUGUCAACUCCGCUUUCACAGCCCUCCGGACUCUCAUUCCCACCGAGCCGGUGGACAGAAAACUCUCAAAAAUCGAAACUCUUCGCCUGGCGUCCAGCUAUAUUUCCCAUCUGGCAAACGUGCUUCUUCUCGGGGACGGCGGCGCGGAUGGACAGCCCUGUCUCGACGUGGUUCAUGCGCAAGGAGAGAGCGGGGCGCAGCAGCCGCGAACCAUCUGCACCUUCUGUUUGAGCAACCAGAGGAAAGGGAUAAAGGAUGCCAAAGACUGUUUAAAGAUGCGAGGGCUGGGUCCACUGAGAAUGAGACGCUGACUGAAGAGCAGUGGAUGAUUACAACCUGAAAUUCCUCAAAGACUUUCUCAGGGAAGAGUCAAAGCAGGCAAUCACACACACUUUGACAUGCUGGAUCAAAUGAUGAAACCGAAGAAGAGAAUAUUUAUACUUGACUGAGAAAUGUAAGCAUAAGCCUUUCAAUGAUGCAGUGCAUUUGUUUGAAACUUAUGCCUUUUUGUCCUUUUUUAGUCUUUCAGAAGUUUUAAAUAAAGUUUAUUUUAUCAAAUAAAAGAGAGCAUUUCAUUUUUUUUCCAGAAUUUUUAUAAAAUUUUGAUCUGUGAAAACAAGAAACAUGUGACAUGAAAAAGGUGGCAAACAAAAUGAUGAGAUAUUUAUUUCUGGUACAAAAAAUAGGGUAGAUUUUUUGGGAGAAGGUCUUUUAUAAUAUAACCAGAAGAUUUACAGCAGUUAAUAAAUAGCUGUCCUCAACUUUUUUCUGAUUUUUUUUUUUUUGCAUUUGUAAAAAAGUAAUAUGGCACCUAAAUGCUUGAUUAACACUUUAUAUUUGUAUAAUUGCGAAACACUUUUUGUCUUAACCACCAACUUGGCAUGAAACAACCUUAAUUUCUUUCAGGAAAGAUGUUUUUCUCACUCAAACAUGCUUCCAUUGUUUCAUGUUAUGCGGCCUAGAUGUUGUCUGUGAAGCUACAGCAGAGGUUUUGGAGUUUCUGGUGUCAAUGACUCGUGUAUUUUUUUUUUUUUCCAGCUCACACGAUCGGUGUUUUUUGAAGUCUGUUAUCGAUUAGUCACGGCAAAUAGUAGCCCACACUCUGCUCGGAGCCCCCAACACAGCUGUUGGUAUGUCAGAGGGAUAAAUCACUGCUGUGGGCCCGAUGGACGGGGAGAGAUGGGGUGAGAGCUCAGAGGUCACGGUGGAACACUGAAGUGAAGCUCUGUGGAUGUGUAAUGAUGGUGAAUGAUACCAAUUCAAUGCUGCUGUUGAUCCUGAUUGUACAUUUUCCUCUUUAGUUUUAUGAACACAUGUUCUGGUAUACUUUUUCACUUCCUGAUACCCAUUAUGGUACCUUGAGCCUUUACAGAGUUCCCCUCUGAUACAAGUGGGAUAUUAUUAUACUAACCCCUUAUGGUCAUAAUAGUAUCUCAAAUGUUGCAUGGCCUGGCUCAGAUUUUAAGUGAGGAAUCCAUCAAAUCAAGCUGAGCACCUACAUUAGAAACAAGCUAAGCUGAUGUUUAACAGCCCCUCCUGACACUGUGUGCCCAUCGAAGAGCGAUCAAGAAAUAAUGAAUUUUUGAAAUUUAUUUUAUUUUUUUUACAAAAAAACAGUUUUCUGUUGUUUCGUUUUAGUUUUUUAUCUUCGCUUUAUCUAUGAAUGAAAUGCCGCCUUAAAAUGUGUGAUGGGAAAACACAGAUUGCUGACAGUAAGAGUGGAGUGUCAAGACUAUCUUUAGUAAAGAAGAAGGGGGUUUAGAGUCUCCUGCUGCUGCACUGCCACGGUCAGAUGUAGUCGAGGUUGGUUUUAUUAAAACCUUUAAACUGCUCAUAAGCAUCCUGCUGCCAGAAGACGACAUAAAGAAGCCUCCAGCAGCAAUGAUAACAAUUUCUCUGCUGUAGAGCCGUACUUUAAGUGGCAGCCAUGACUUGUAUUUUGUCUAUUUAUGCUUCUGUUUUGGACAAGAAUAAGCAAGUCAUUAUGGGGUCUGAUAAUUAUGGAGCCAAGGCAUUUCCAACACUGGUGUCUGUAUUGGAACAACUCUAGUUUGAAACAUUCCAGGUAAAUAAGAUUGUGUUAGUAGAUGUCAAGGAUUCACUCAAUGUUUAACGCUCUUUAUUGUUUCUUACAAUCGUCAUCCAAAGUUUGGUUAUUUUUAUAUUGGGUAUGAUUAUAUUUAUUUUAGUCACUAAAGCAAGAAGAGAAUCAGACAACUUUCACUUGAAACCCUCUGACCCGUACUGAGAAAUCAUCUUGGUAAGUAAAAGUCACUCCAGUGUAUUUUUUGACUUGUAUCUACUGUCACUGCCGUGAUCGGUCUAACAGGCGGGCUGAAGCUCUGACACACAGACAGCUCAGCCUGAGUUCCUGUCUGACAUCACUCUGAAUCAGACUUAAAACUUUGCCCUCAAAUCAGACCGGGGGAGGCUCCCAGGUGGCACAUAGCGGUUCAUGGAAAGUGAAUUUUCAGGCAGUUAAAGGUGCUUGCUAGGGGGUCUGAUCUCCUCUCACCUCCCUCCCUCCCUCCCCCACCUGCUCCUGUCAGGAUAAUUGGAAUUUGCUGCGCUAAGUCCUCGGUGCUCGGGGCCUCGGCCUCCUCAAAUGGCUCCCCGAGGCUCCCCCCGGCAGGAAGAUGUCACGGAGGCACAGGAAGGGAAAACAACGUGCAGCCGACCUCUCUGAGGAACUCUCAGUGCGACGAGCUUUGGGUCAGCGCCAGUCUUGACAUCAUCCGGCGCUGGGACCCAGAUGUAAGAAUCUCUGGUGGUACUUUUCAGAGCAAGCCGACCAAAGACUGCGUUUUCAACAAAUUCAGAAGAAGACCCCCCCCCACCUCUUCAAGAUGACAGGUUACAAAUUGAUGGCAAGGACCAUCAGAAGAGAAAGCAAAGGAAGCAAAUAAGGUCAGUGUGGAUGUGUUUAACAUGUCUGACAGGAGAAGAUCCACCUGGGGACCACUGCACAGCUUUACUGCUUUACUUUGGUGAGUUUUUCUUCUUCCUCGGAUCCUUGAAUAUCUUUAUCCCAAAAGACAUGUUCUGCAAGUGAAGCUAGACAUCUGUGCAGACUCUCUUCUUUCUAACCAGAGAUGGAAAAUGACCUGUCUGUGCUUUUUGAUUUGUUGGGUGGAAAAACAGAAAACAUGAACAAAUCACUCGUCGUGUCUCUUUUCUUUAUGUUCUUUACAUUUUGUUACAGUUUUGUAGAAUGAAGUCUUUACUGGUUCUUUUAACUUUUUGUAAAUUAGCAAGAAGAAACUCUUAACAUUACGAAAAAGAAGAGCGAUUUGUUUUGUUUUGGUCCUUUAGGUUAAACUGAUUCUGUAAAAUAAUUAGUUCGACAAGUUCAAUAUGAUGUGCGUUUCAAAUUUUAGGAUAAACUAUGUCUACAUUUUUGGUGGUUUUAUACCCAUUAAUACAGGGGAACCCAGUAGUGAGAUGACACUAUCUUGAUGCUAAUUUGUUCAAUAUAGCACCAAACAUUUAUUCUUCUAGUGUGCAGGAUUUGAUGCUGAUGAUAAACCAAAGAACAGGCGGCAACAUAUUUCAUAAUUUUCAAAUAAAUGUGUCCUGAGUUUGGAUACCAGGUGGUUGCACAGUAGUGGUUAAAUUCAACUGAUCAAUAAAGUUAAAUUACAAGUAAAAAACAA